AUGCAGUUCAGUGGAAGCUUCACGGGCAGUGCAGAGGCGCAGGCAGCGGCCGCGGACGUUCCGUCAAAGUUCGCAGACGCCUGCCCACAGGCGCCGGUGGGCGGCGCGGCGCAGCAAAUCGCAUUAACGUGUCCGGCGCUUGGCCGCGGAUUCGCCGCGCUGCCGCUGCUGCUGGUGCUGGUGCUGCAACUGCAGCCCGGCCAGAGGGCGCCACAAUCGCAUUGCGCGGGACUGGCCCCACAGCCGAUUGUGGGCGGCAGAGAGCGGCCGGGAUUAAGCGCUGCGCCGCCUGUCCGGCCGGGGGCGGCGCCGGCGCCGGGGGCGGCGUCGACGUGCGCGCCUCUCGGCCGCCGCGACCUGCGGUCCCCGCAGGGGCAUCGACACGGCACGGCCGGCCAGAUUACCGCUCCGUGUUAUUACCCGCCCGUCAUACGACUGGACCCGCACGCUGCAACCGCUGCAAAGCCGGCUCAGCGCUUUGUCAAGGACGCAUUUUACCAGGCACGGCUGGGGGGCCCCGAGACCGGACCCGGCUCCGGUACGGGCGUCGCGGCGGCGGCGGCGGCGUCUGUGGCCGCGCGCGACAGCUCACAACAAAACCAAGAGGCCGCCCCCGCCGCCGAUAUUUGCGGGCAGCCGGGCGCCUACCGAGCGGCGGCCAGCGGCUCGGGUUCCCACGCUGGACGCGCUGCGCUGCGCCGGGCUGCAGAUGCCCCGGCGUGCCUCUGUGUCGGGCGCCGGCGCCACGGCGUGGACCCGCGGGCUGCCCAAGGACGCCCACCUCGCUGCGCCUCGCCUGUUCCGUCCGCGCCGCGCCGCGCCGCGCCGCGCCGGAGCGCGCGGGGAGCGAGGAAUGUUACGGGCCCGAGCUGUCAGCCGCCACUUCCGCGGCCGGGACCACAGGUGCCGCAGCUCCGAGCCACAGCCCGGCCUGGCCCCGUCUUCAGAAUGUGGUAA